UCUAUCGGAUUGGAAACAAAACAACUAAAGCUCCCAACUUUGCUCAACAAUGGAAGCAACAACCGAAGCAAUUUGGGAUAAAUUAUUCCUUCUCUCUCCAAAGCCCCCUUACAACUUGCAAAUUUUAAGAUAACAAUUUGAUUCCUUCCAUUCCCUUUUCUAUUGUUAUAACUCAUAACCCACUUCCUUGAAUCCAUCAGUGUAUGCAAAAACCUAGUCUUGGAUACAUUUGGAGGGUAUUUUGAUGGGGUUUGCGCUGUUGGGUUCAUUGGGUUCUUAUGUUUCUGUGAGAGAUUCUCAUCACUGGAAUGUCAGGUUUCAGUCUUUCACUUUGAAAGAGAGGUUUGUUGUUGGCUUCAACUUGGCUAAAAAUUUCAGGGCUUAUAAAAAAUUUGGAAGAGUUUCACUUUGCAAGAGUGAAUUUGUGGACUCUGAAGAAAGAACAAGCCCCGAUGAGGUUAGGAAAGAGAUAGAGCAAUGCUAUGAACUCAUACACAGACUUGGGAGGGGAGUUGUGUACUUGGGUUCUUCAAGGAUGGGACCUGGCCAUCCACAUUACUCACAAACACUGGAACUGGCUAGGGAGAUAGCUAACCUUUUGGACUGUACCACAUGGACUGGGGCUGGUCCUGGCCUCAUGGAUGCUGCUAUUAAGGGUGCUCAGGAAGCAGGAAAGGCGGUUGGUGGGUUUAAGAUAGGUAAGGAAGCUGGAGAAUGGACGACCUCGAAAUUUCAUCCAUACCUGCCCUCAGAAACUUAUCUUACUUGCAGGUUUUUCUCUGCUAGAAAGCAUGGGUUGGUUGAUGCUGUGGUCAGGAGUUCGAGCUCUGAUAAGACAGCAGUAGUUGCUCUCCCAGGUGGUGUUGGUACUCUUGAUGAGAUGUUUGAGAUACUGGCAUUGAUUCAGCUUGAAAGGAUUGGAUCAGAGCUUCCGGUUCCCUUCAUUGUAAUGAACUAUGACUCAUUCUAUGCGAAGCUCUUAGAUUUUCUUGAUGAUUGUGAGGAUUGGGGUACCGUCUCUAAGGGAGAGGUUUCGUCUUUGUGGAAGAUCUGUAACACUAAUUCUGAUGCUUUAGCGUACUUGGCAGAGUUUUAUGAUCUGCCAUUUUCAGUGAACAAAUGCAUGGAACAGAAGCAAGAAGCGCACGUAAACAAGUCCCUUAAGAUGUUUUGAAGCGGAUGGAUAUAGGUAUUGUGUGCUGUCAUUCACUGUGAGAUUCGGAAAAUUGAAGUUUUGAGAAUCUGGAGCAAAUAGAAUACUAACUUGAACGAGUUUCACGAGUAAGCAAGAUACGAAUUCCUUGGAUAUGUAUGAACUAAUCUUACAUUGAUUUGUGAAUCUGUCCAUGGUUUUUCAGAAUUCUACAAUGAAAUAUGAGAAUCAAUGGAAAAAUAA